AGCGUGUAGUAUCGUAGAAGAGAAUCCAACACGUUAUGUGACAGGCGGUUGUGUGAUGUGUUGUUUUCGUGAAGAUUACACGUUAUUUCUUGGUACCUUCACAGGGUUUGCUUGUGUUCAAGACAAUGAUUUAGACACGACUUUCGGAUGUGUUGACAGUGUGCAGUGUUCUGGACUUUUCGCAGAUUAAUAAAACACAACGAAUUUUUUCGCUAUGUUUUAACACUUCUCGUUAUCCAGUGCUUUCUAAAGCAGUUGCUUUUUUCUUAGUCGAAGUGUUUUUUUAAGCUGUUAUUUUUCACUGCUUUGUACACGCUUAUAAAUCUGUCCCUUCACGAAGUAAUUUAAACUUCAAAUAUGCUAUUUCUUGUAAGAUAACAAUAACACUGUUUCGUUUGGUGACAGUCAACAAUAGUGACAUCAGAUAUAUUUUAAGUACAUUAUUAAAGUGUGUGCGCAUACGCUAUGAGGAUUACAUUGUGUCCAGGGACUACAGAAAUUUCUAACCUUAUUUCAUUCAGUAAAGUCCUUUGUUGAUGACUUGUUAUCAGCAACCGAGAUGUUUUAAUUAAGUUUUUGUUGCUUCGAUCAACGUUAAUUAGAACUUCGAAUUAACAUAAAUUAAUUAUAUACGAGCAGCACCUGUAACACAUAAACAAGUUGAGAAAAACAAAGUAGCCAAGAUUUCACACAGUUAAAUGCCACAGAUGUGUUACCAUUUAUGCAGUGAGUGUUAGUAUUGUACAUUAUCUCUUUGGACAGACUGGCGCUUUCUACUAUUAAAAUCUAUAUUAUUUUUCACCAACAAACGACAGAAAACAUGAAAAACAUGUUGGUUUGUUGUAACUAAUGGCAGUUGAUGGCUGAAACUCUUUAGUUACGUGAUCUAUCGUUCUACCUGACAGCAGAAAAUGUGCGCGAGAUAACCAACAUUCGUCGUCCAUUAGGUGAGCAGUCUCAGAAAUAGGAUUCCCCCUUCCCCCACCCUGAGUGAACUUUAUCACGAAGGACUCCGUGGAUGUCGCAUAUUUCAGUCUCCCUGUUUAUGUUUAGGCAUUCGGGCACAAUGGCAAAUGAAACUCAUAGGGCCAGGUCAGAUCAGAGUCGGUCUGGUCGCGCAGUGAUAUUUGUGCAGAUCAUCUCGUGGUGUGCAGUAGGUGCUCUCCUGAUACUCCGAGGCGUUGCUACGCUAACCGGUGACGAACUGUUCUACGACACGGACAACAGGACUACGUCUGUGCAAAUGACAACAAGGGAGCCAAGCGAUACCAAGAAAAGCAGAGCAUUUGAUGAAAAUGAAGGAACAACGGAAGGAGAAAGAAUUAUUGAACAAAAUUCAACAUCCACAGAGGCAAAUAGAGAGAUAUCCAGUCCGCAGAAGGGAAAUAAAAUCAAUCCAACUUCGGCCAUUUUGAUAACAGUGGGAACAACAAUGUUGGUGAUCGGACCUACUCUGUUACUUGCACGAUUCAUUGACACUAGAAGGCACGGACGGGAAUCAGUGAAAUUUUCAAAGGUGGAUCCGCCUCCUAGUUACGAAGAGGUCGCUGAUAAGGCACCGCGAUAUUCAUCCUUGUUCCAGGUUACCGAUUCCGGCGAGCUUGUGCCAUUGUCUGUCCUCCCACACAACAGCAGCACAAGAAUCUUGAAGUCGCAGACGAAGACUGAAGAGACAAGUGAAUACUCCAAUUCACAUGCAAGGAAACAAGGGAAAGUCUGUGACGCAUCUGAAGAAGCGUUCCCGUUUGAUUGUCGUCCAAACCCGAGACACCGGAAAUGCGAGAGUGCCAACAGAUAGUUGGCACACGAGUGCGGAACAUUGUGAAUUGUGGGGCCUACAAAGAAUGUGUGAAAGGCUCCCAGGUUACUUGAAAACUGGUACAUAACCACACACUCUAGUCUGUAUUAAGUUACAGGGAUUAAAAGUAUUACUUGAUACAAUUUUGUUUCGCAGAAAUGCUUCAUUUCUGCGUAAUGUCCAACAAAAGAUGUCUGAAACAGUAAUAAAAUUUGUUUACGCCUGGAAAAACGAAGCAUUCAUAUGAGAUUAGAGAUUUUCAUAUCGGUAAAAAUAUGGAUUGUAGUCUUUUGGGUUCAGAGGCCAUGAAGACUUACAGGUUGUUACUAAUGUUUCGGAAGAAUAUAUUGCCUCCAUCAUCGCGGACCUUAUUUGUUUCUCAGAAAGGAUGAUAACUAAUCACCAACUCUGCACGGCCUCACAAUUCAGAUCACGAUCCAAAAUGAGAUAGCUGAUUUUUGCCUGUAAGUUUUUCAUAAAUAUUUGCUAAAUUUUGCAAAGACUUCAAAAAAAAAGCGCCUGAAACCCGAAAGCCGAUCUUAUAUUGCGCGUAUGACGAUGCAGUGCACAGAAUUAUUUUACUGAUUGAAUGGGUAACGUGAGGAAAACCUGGUGAUUUAAUAAUUUCACUCCAUUACCUUAUAUUUCAGUAUCUUAAAAAGUUAAUGCAAAUAUUGGCUUAGAUAUAAUUUAUAGAAGUUCAUGGGGACAAGUUAAGAACGUGAAAAGUAAUAGGUUAAGACAUUUCAGGUACUAAAUUUUAUUUGCGUCAGUUGUUCAAAAUAAAUUUGCGCGCCUUUUCGUUUUAAGAAUAUGUAAAGUUAUUUACCCACUGGCAUACUGUAAGGACUGUCCGAUGUCCGUUCUUUCAACGCGCGUCAAGUACCUUCAUAGAUGUGUAGCGCCAUCUUGCUUCUUGGAUGCAUAUUGCAAACCUGUAGAAUGUAACUUGUACCACAAGUCUGAGUUGUAUCUUUUGAAGUUCUUAAAUUGGUGUCACACAGAGUGGUCUAAAUCCACGUUUCUCAACCGAGGUCCGACACUUGAAUAGAUUUCGCUCUAUUAUUUUUUUAUGCCGUGUUGCUAUAAGUUGUAAGCUUUUUCAUCAAAUUGUUUUAUUUCCACUUUGUAGUAUAACCAUGACGUAAAACUAUAAAUUCUGUGUUUAUUUUAGUCAGUCAGUAUUCCCUUUAAUUAAAAGUGUAUGAGUUAAUUUUGGUGAAGGGAUCCGCGGUAUCAGACAGGUUGAGGAACACUGAUCCAAUAAUAUGUCAUUGAGUUAAAUCUAUAAAAAUAAAUGUCAAAUUUGUAAUAUAAUAUUCGUGAUAUUGUCAGUCAUUCUGUGAUGCUUAAGUAAAUUUUCACUUUGUACUUA